UUUGGGAUCAUCCUCUAUCGUCGAGUGCGUGAUCAGGUCCUCAUCUUGAUGCUUCGUGAGAUUUCUUAGGAGUCGCCAUCCUCGUUAGACAUCUAAUUGCCGGUGGCGACAAAAGUUCCGUUUACUGCGCAUUAGUAGUUUUCUCUUCUCCCCGAGAAGAUUACUACAUACAUAGUUUCUGUUCGUGACCCAGGACUUCGUAGCUGGAGAAUCUUGACGUCGUAGUUUCUGACCGAAUUCAAGCUCUUAGACAGGCGUUCAGCGUCGUAACGUGAUCCGAGGGCUCCAUCAUAUGACGUAAUAUCCAAGCUGGGAAGCUAAGAGCAGAGAAACUAACAGCACCUUUACCACCCUCCUUUAUUCUGGAAUUCGCUUUCAGAACAUCCCUUAAAACGAUGCCGACUCCCUUUGUCUUUGCAGUAGUUUCUUUACUCCUCAUCAUCCCGUCUCCUGGAACAGCCUCAGGCAAUGUCGGUAGCAGAUCAAAAACGUAUCCGCAGUGCUUCACAGGAGCUGAGAAGGACUCGAAUCAUGGCCGACUAGAUGGCGUUAAGGUGUUCGGUGCUGGCAUCGAGCCGUCCGUGAAGCUGAACCAACAGCUCUGCUUCAAGAUCGCUGCAGAGGAUUCUAAGGGCCGUCGCCUGGACAAGGGUUGCUCGCCCCCCACGACCACGUGGGAGGUGCUGAUUCAUUCCUCCGACGGCCGGAUUCGACUCAGCGCGCCUGUCACGCACGCUGCAGAGGACGGGUACCACGUGCCAUGCUACCGUCUUUUGGAGCCAGGCGAGUACGUGGUCUCCGUGUACCUGACAGGCGUGCAUGCCGGCUCGCUGGCAGGCAGUAGGGACAGGGGCGAGGCUCUGAGGCACCUCAAGUUCCAGCUGGUCGGCCAGUACAACGUGUCUGCUCAGCCAUCGGAUCCGGAGGCAUACGAAGAGGAGUAUGGUCGUGUUCAGGCGUCUCUACCAGCGUGCACAGCGCAGCUGCUGGAGGAAUCGAGGAACGCCGGGCGGUGGAUUGACCAGCAGUGGUUCCCCUAUGCGUGCUCUGUCCAGCACAUCACCCCCAGUGCUGCACGUGCGUGUCUGAAGGGCAAGCGCCUGCUGGUGGUGGGCGACAGCCAGCAGUGGCUGCUCUUCUCCCACAUGCUCGCCUUCCUCUCCUCCUCCUCCCGCUGCCGCCUCCUGGAAGGCCUUGGGGACCGCCGCUCCUCCAUGGUCCGGCUCCGCUGUGACAAGGCGCACAUGCAGGGGCCUGUGCCGUGGGUGCCAGGGUCAGAGGGGCAGCACAUAGCCGUGCACCACACUCGCUUCGCCCCCACUGUGGCUGCCACCUACUAUGGCGCCGAGGGCAACGGAUUCGCCGUUGCAAGGAUCCCAGUGGAUCUGAACGCAACCACACCAGCAGCAGCUGUUCUCAACGAGAGGAAGCGCAGGCGGGACCAGGAUCAACUACUCGAAUCAGCCGAUCAGGCGCAGACGGGCGGUGCAGGGACUCCAAGCAGCAGCAGCAGCAGGUGGAGCAGUGGUGGGAAACGGGGAGGAGUGGAGCAGUACGAUUCAGUGGAGGGCCGGGAGGUGCUUGACAUGACAGCUACAGACGAGGACCCUCGGGAUCUCCACACCGCAAGCAGGAUCCGGGAGUGGGAGCAGGAGAGGGAGCGGCAGCGGGCGGCGGAUGCCGACCAGAUCGUAGCGGUGUUUGUGGCGCAUUCCAAUGCGUCAGAGCCGCUGUACAAGGAGUGGAUGGUGAACCACACAAGGAGGGGCCCUCUGGCCAAUGAGCAUGCGCCGUUUGACUUCGUGCUGGCGUCCAGCGGGCUGCAUGACCUGUCGGCAUUUGACUCGCCGGAAGAAUAUGCCGCCGCGCUCGACCGUGAGUUUGUGGCAUCGGUGCGUUUUGCUGUGAAUGGCGGCAUGGGAGGGCCGGGUUCGGCAGUGGUGUGGUUGGGGCCAUGGGCGGUUCAGCAGUCAGCUGUGGCACCCGAACUGCUGCCAUCUAUGAAUCAUGCUCGCCUCAAUGCGUUUGACAGUGCUGCACGCAGCCUUAUCAAUUCGUGGAAGGUCCCCUUCAUCUCAACCAUACCAAUGACACUAUCAAGGCCAGACCUGUCGAAAGAUGGCAUGCACUAUUCCUGGCCUGUAUCCAUGGCUUUGUUGGAGCUCUGGCUUGGUUCUGUUUGCCCUGCACAGCCCACAAUCAAGGAUUGUUGAUAUGUGGUGUUUCUCACAAUCGAAUAAGCUUUAUUUCACAUUGUGUAACUGAUGCGCUGCUUGUAAUGAAGUUAGCACUUUGCA